AUGAGUAGUUUUUACAGAGUUAAUGGCUUCUGUUAUUUAUCUUUGUUAUUACUCAUUUCAUCCCAAUUGGUAUUAGUACCGAAAGCAGAGGCAGAAGCUCAAUCAGGACAAAGCAAUGAAGUCUACAUUGUGUACACAGGAGCAGCUUCUUUGGCUUCCUCAAAUGGGUUCCACUCCGAUCAUAUUAUGAGCUCCUCAUCCAUUAAAAGUUGGAAAGACAGGAUCAUACACAAGUACAAUCAUGCAUUUUCGGGAUUUGCAGCCCGGUUGUCAGAAGAAGAGGCCAAAUUAAUAGCCCAAAGGCCUGAAGUUGUAUCCGUUUUUCCUGAUCGAAUCCAUCGUCUCCACACAACACGUUCAUGGGACUUUUUGAUGGAACAGAGUGCUGGAUUCGCACCCGCCCGACAGAAUAUUCCCAAAUCAAAUGUUUCCUCUCUCUCUGAUGAAGAUGUCAUAAUAGGCAUUUUUGAUACAGGGAUUUGGCCGGAAGCAAAGAGUUUCAAUGAUGAUGGUUUGGGUCCAAUCCCCAAGAAAUGGAAGGGACAAUGCAUAGGAGGACAUGAUUUUAAGCCCUUUAACUGUAACAGGAAAUUGAUUGGAGCAAGGAAUUACGUCACUAAUGGCAGUUCUACUUCACCGAGAGACCACAAUGGUCACGGCACUCACGUUGCAGCAAUCGCAGCCGGAAGGCCUGUCCCAGGCGCAUCCUACCACGGCCUGGCUACUGGUGUCGCGCGGGGCGGAGCUCCCGGCGCAAGGAUUGCGGCGUACCGUGUUUGUGAUGAUGAUGAUAAUUGCAUGAGUUCUAUAGUUUUGAAAGCAUUUGAUGAUGCAAUAGCAGAUGGGGUGGAUAUUAUAUCUAUAUCAUUUGGUAGUUUGGAAUUUAUUGACUUCACCAGAGAUCCAGUUUCCAUUGGAGCAUUCCAUGCUGUUGAGAAUGGAAUUCUUGUAGUUGGCUCCGCCGGGGAUAAUGCCCUGGAUGAAGAACCUCCAUAUGCAAUAAAUGUUGCUCCUUGGAUUCUAACAGUUGGUGCCACCACCAUUGAUAGGUUUUUCGAAUCCGAUGUUGUACUGGGAGGCAAACAAGUGAUCAAGGGCGGAGGUGUUCAUUCUGCUAAACUCAAAGAAACUCCAAUAUACCCCUUGACCUAUGGCAAAUCAGCUGCAAAACCUGGAGCUAGUAUUUCUGAUGCAUAUAAUUGUAUGAUAGAUGCAUUAGAUGGGAAAAAAGUGAAGGGAAAGAUUGUUCUUUGUGAAGACAGCCGUGAAGAAACAACACCAGCCAAGCAGUUGGAAGUUAUAAAACGUCUGGGAGGCACCGCACUGAUAUACAGGAAACGUUUCAUACAACUAGCAGCAUCGGUUUCUGAUUCUAUUCCGCGGAUCCCAAUCAGCUGGGACGACGGAGAUCUGGUUGUAUCUUAUAUCGACUCGAACAGGAAUCCUGUGGCGACAAUUUUACCAACUGUAGUCGUACCAAACUACAAGCCAGCUCCAGAGGUAGCAUUCUUCUCAUCCCCAGGGGGAGGCGCUCUAUAUGGCUACAAUUACUUCAUCAAGCCUGAUAUCGUAGCACCAGGAGUCGACAUUCUAUCAGCUUGGCCGUCUAACGAAACAAACGAAGCCUUCAACAUUCUCUCGGGUACUUCAAUGGCAUGUCCACAUGUAAGCGGCGUCGCAGCAUUAGUCAAAUCCCGAUAUCCCUCCUGGAGCCCUUCUGCUAUCAAGUCAGCACUUAUGACUUCAGCGAAUCCGACAAAUAAUUUGAAGAAACCAAUAGCAACGUUUAUAGGGGAUGCAGGAGACCCAACCGAAAUGGGGGCUGGACAAGUAACAUUGACAGGUCCGUUACAACCCGGGUUAAUUUACGAGACAGAAGCAGCCGAUUAUAUAUUAUUCCUCUGCAACCAAGGCUACAACGUGUCGAGAAUCAGACUCAUCUCAUCAAAGCUUCCCGCAAACUUUAGUUGCCCAAGUAACUCAAGUACCGAGGAUUAUUCGGCCAACAUGAACUACCCAUCGAUAACCGUCACUAACUUCAAUUCCUUGAAAGAGAAAACAGUUAAAAGGACGGUGACAAAUGUUGGGGACGACGAAGAAGCUGCAUACGUAGCUAGUGUGGAAAUGGGUAGCACCAACAACGACGUGAUAGCCCGAGUGAAUCCUACUAAGUUGGUGUUUACGAAGAACCAGAAGAAGCUAGGUUAUGAAAUGACGUUCAUACACAAUUCUUCAGCAAUCGUGAAUGGAUACGCAUUUGGUUCAGUUACAUGGAGGAAUGGAAAAAUACUGGAAAAGCAUCCUCUGGAAAAUUGGUCAUUCAGUAUGAAGUACUUGGAAUAUACACCUCUUGAUCGUAUCAAUGACUUUUUGAGUCAGGUGAAUCUUGGAGAGCGGACUAUAAAAGGAUGUCUCGAGGCUUACUCUUGCAAACAUACUGGAACUGAUAAGAAGCUGUCACUCAGCUUGGAGAGUGAGAUUCUUGACUAUCUUGGGAAAUCGUCUGACACUGACUCUCCCUCGCCAGUUGAAUAUCUGCCUACAUCCAGCCGAAGGACGCUGAUAUAUCUGCUUCUUACUCUUUAUCACAUAUAUCCAGACUAUGAUUUCAGUGCAGUGAAUGCUCACCAAUUCUUUAAUGAAGAAACCUGGGACAGCUUUAAGCAGAUUUUUGAUGUCUACAUGUUUGAAGCAUCAAAGGAAUGGCUUGAGACAAAUGAGGGCUGUACACUCUUGGAGAUACUAUACAAGGCUUUAGACGAGGUCGUGAAACUUGCAGAAUGCGAAAUCUAUAGUUACAAUGCCGAGGCUGAUGCAGAUCCCUCCCUUGAGAGAGGAGCCAUAUGGUCGUACCAUUUCUUCUUCUACAAUAGGAAAUUAAAGCGAGUAGUAAGCUUCCGUUUCAGCUGUCUAAGCAACUUGGCAGUUGAAAGUUUUCUGGCGGAUGGAAUGAGUUAUGAUGAUGCAGAUGAUGAGAUAUUUGACGGCAUGGACAUCUGA